AUGGAGUACAUUGCCAAUCUACCCAACAAAGUACAGGCGGUAAAUGCGAUUUUGAAUCAAGGAAACGAGACGAAAGAGGAGAGAGAGGAGAGACGCAGAGUGAUAAGAGAGAUCAAAAGUGGAUUGAAGACGAAGGAGGAGAAGGAGCAGGCGGAGAGACGGAUUCAGGAGAAGAAUAAGGCAUUGAGAGCACGAUUGGAGAUUGAAGUGCAUGCUUUUGAGAAGGAUCAGAAAAAAGCAGUAAGGAGAUUUCUGUAUGUAAGUAUAGUAGGCCACCACGUCCAGAUUUCCACACUCACCAACGUUGGGACAAAGUGCGUGGAACAGCUUUCUGAAAUCCUCAUCACUGAUCGUUUUUCCCUUAUCAUUGCUCAGCGUUGGCAAUAA